AUGCGCAAAGGAAACAAGAAAGGACGAAGGGGAAAUAAAAAGAAAGAAAAAGAAACCGAAGCCUUCGAAAGCGAGGUUGUCUCAACAUUAGUGGUUAUCAACGCCGAGUAUAACAAGGAGCCGAACAAAGCGGAGUCGAGAAAACGAUGCGGCACGAGGAAAAUAUGA